AUGGGGACAGUGACAGAUUCUCCGCAGGACCCCGACCCCGGGGGACACUUCCAGUUCCGCGUUAUCGUGCUGGGGGACGCGGCCGUGGGCAAGUCCUCGCUGCUGCGCUGCUUCGCCGAGGGGCCGGGGGGGGGUCCCGGGGGUGCGGCCACCCCCGGCCCCACCGUGGGCGUCGAGUUCUACAGCCGGACCGUCCCGGUGCCGCCCGCGGGCAGGGCCAAGCUGCAGCUCUGGGACACGGCCGGCCAGGAGCGCUUCAGGUCCAUCACCAGGUCCUUCUACCGGAGCGCGGCGGGGGUGCUGCUGGUGUUCGACCUCACCAACCGCGCGUCCUUCGAGCGCGUCCCCGAGUGGCACCGCGAGGCCGCGGGGGGUGGGGACCCCCCCGCCUUCGUCCUGGUGGGGCACAAGUGUGACCUGGAGGCCGAGAGAGCCGUGUCAGCAGAGGAGGCCGGGCACCUCGCCGCCAGCCUGGGCAUGGCCUUCGUGGAGACCUCGGCACGCACCAACCUCAACGUGGACUUGGCCUUCCAGAUGUUGGCAGGGGGCAUCCAGGAGGCCCUGGGACAGGGGGUCCUCGCUCCUCACCAGGGCUGUGAUGGCAUCAGGCUCAUCCCCAGCCAGAGCCGCCGCCAGCCCCUGGCACGGGGGGAGCCCCCGGAGCGCUGCCAGUGCUGAUGGGGACGGGGGGACACGGGACCCUCCACCCGGGACCCUCCACCCAAGGGGAUGUCUUUCUCUCUUCAGCCAGGCUUGGGUUUAUUUCAAAUCUUAAUCUGGGGACUCUGAAAAAAUAAUUCUCUGCUGUAGGAGUGGUUUUAAUAAA